UAGUGUAAACGGGGUUGUAUUGGAUGUUAAGUCACGCAAUAAACUCAAAAAUAAAAAAAGUGAGAAGAUAAAUUUUUAUCAUGGCUUUAUCUAAGGGACCAAUGGAGCCACUCUUCAGAGCUGAGAAGAUACAGAGAGCACCUCCUGUACUACAAGAAAGCAAAUGUAUAGCAGCUAUUGACUUUGGGACCUCAUCUCUAUCAGUAGCAUACACUACUCCAACUACACAGGGAGUACCAAAAGUUGUACCACUUCACAAAACUUAUGAAAGAGUCCCUAAUGCUAUACUUAUCGAGAAAGACCAGAAUGAACAAUGCAGAGUCACUGGGAUUGGACAUGAAGCACAGAGUAUGUACAGUGAUCUUCAAGAAGAUGCUCAAAAUUUCAUUUAUUUUGAAAGAAUAAAAAAAUUACUAGAAAGAGAUAAUUCACUAGAUCGUACUACUGAAGUCUCUUCUUUCACUGGUGGCUCUUAUUAUCUCAUUGAAGUUAUAGCUUUUAUACUAACACACCUCAAGGAGAAGCUACUGACUGAUCAUCUGAGAGGAGACUACAGACCAACUGAUUUUGAUUGGGUCAUUACUGUUCCUGCUAUAUGGAAAACUAGAGCAAGAAGAAUGAUGAGAGAAGCUGCUUAUAUGGUAAGCUAAUAUAUGGUGUGUAUGGCAU